CAAGAAGCGAAGGCAUUAUCUGGGGUAAAGGUCGCAGUGGACGCUUCUUUAUAUACCCACCGUGAGCUGAUCAGGAGACAGAAAUCCAGCUUAAAAUUUAAACGGUCAAACUUGUCAUUGUUGGACCAACAUCAUGGCGCUCAUCAGAGGAGUUUUCAUCGUAGCAGCCAAGCGCACUCCGUUCGGUACGUACGGUGGAGUACUGAAGGAUCACAGUGCCACAGAUCUGGCGGAGCACGCCGCCAAAGCGGCCCUCGCCGCCGGCGCCGUCGCUCCAGAACUCAUAAACAGCAUCAUCAUGGGAAAUGUCAUGCAGAGUUCGGCUGAUGCGCCGUACAUUGCUCGUCAUGUCGGUCUGAGGUGUGGCGUUCCCAUCCCAACUCCUGCGCUCACUGUGAACAGACUGUGUGGCUCUGGUUUCCAGUCCAUCAUCAACGGUGCUCAUGAGAUUUGUCUCAGGGAGUCGGAGGUGUUGUUGUGCGGCGGUUCGGAGAGUAUGAGCCAAGCCCCUUACGCCGUCCGUAACAUCCGCUUCGGAACAAAGUUUGGGUUUGAUCUCAAGCUAGAGGACACUCUGUGGGCGGGUCUCACUGACCUCCACAUCAAGACCCCGAUGGGCAUCACAGCAGAAAACCUGGCAGAGAAAUACCAGAUAACACGAGAGGACUGUGACAACUACGCAUAUAAUACACAACAGAGGUGGAAGGCAGCUCAUGAGGGGGGUCACUUCACAGCUGAAAUUGCUCCAGUUGAGGUGAAGGCGAAGAAGGGCAAAGCGUCCAUGACUCAUGAUGAACACCCUCGACCUCAGACCACGCUGGAGCAGAUGGCCAAGCUGCCUACUGUCUUCAAGAAGGGAGGAACCGUCACCGCCGCCAACGCUUCAGGAGUCUCUGACGGAGCCGCUGCUCUGGUGAUCUCCAGUGAGGAAGCCUUGAAGGAACAUAAACUCACUCCUCUGGCCAGAAUCGUGUCCUAUCACGUGUCCGGCUGUGACCCGAGCAUUAUGGGGAUUGGUCCAGUCCCAGCCAUCACAGAAGCUCUUAAAAAGGCCGGCCUGUCUGUCAAGGACAUGGAUCUUGUUGAGGUGAAUGAAGCUUUUGCUCCUCAGUAUCUUUCCGUUGCCAAGGCUCUUGGGCUUGACCCAGAAAAAUCGAAUGUCAACGGCGGGGCUAUCGCCAUUGGUCAUCCUCUCGGUGCCUCUGGGGCGCGCAUCACUACUCACCUGGUGCACGAGCUCAGGCGAAGAGGAGGAAAGUAUGCCGUCGGCUCUGCUUGUAUCGGCGGCGGUCAGGGCAUCGCCAUCGUCCUGGAAAAGUGCUAACAGACGAAGAAGGUCCUAAAGGAUUCCUGUGAAAUAAAUGCCUAACAGAAACACUCUCUGCUCGCAUGAGAUCAAAUGUAGUUGAUGCACAGUCAAAGGCAUGUUUAAUCAUAAAGAACAACGGCUAAUUUAACUUUUUUCUCAUUCUCUGCCAAUUGAUUUCUGCAGCAUGUGUUUGAGUUUGCCUUAAGAGAUCUGUGAAAGUAAACAAAUUACUGUAAAAUGCUUCUAUAGGUUUAGGAGCCCAUUUGUGCCUAAAGACAGGGAUUUGAUCCAUAGGCAUGCUAACAUGUGCAGCUCGAUAUUGCCUCCCUCCAUCACUUCCAUUUCCGGGUUUAGUGAGGUGACUAAAUUUUUGUACUUCUCUGUCAAAGAAUUCCAAAUAAAAUUGUCCAAAAAAAGAA